AUGCAACGUUUAAGGAGCGAAUGGUCGAACGGAAUAUUUCGCCAGUCGUCAGACGAGAAGAUGGGAGUCAAGCGUCAGACUUAUGACGGAGGUGGUAGUGGGGGGAGACAGUUGUCUUCAGAUUCAGAUGACAGUUGCAGACGCUUGGCGCAGACGUCUUACGUCAUCCGAUCUGAUUCCGACUCGGACAGCGACCCAAAGAAAUGGACCAAGAACCCGCUGGUGGUUAAGAGAGUCAAACGGUCAGAUAAACUCAAACAAGCAGAGAAACGUUUCAGCGGAACAGAAAGUGUGUUGGCAUCAAGAAAUAGAGAUAGUUUUGUUUCUCAGGGCAAUGGAGAGAAUAGGAAUCGAGUGGCUAAUGUUAGCGUGAAAACUACUGGCUCGAAAGAUGAAGGGAGCGGUAGCAAGGCAAGUAGCAAGUAUCAGAAGUUGGAGCAGAUGAGAAAGAUGAGACUGAAUUUAUCGGUGACUUCAGAUGAAGAGAAUGUCCCCCAGAGAGCUCCGCCUCAUCGCUGGUCUGGAUCUAAUAUUCGCAGCCCGGGGGUUUGGCCAGACCACAAGCCGCUGUCACAGACACAAAAAUUUUCCCAGACUUCACGCCAGACGUUUCAUCCCCUUUCUUACACGGCAGGACAUGGACAACCGCCAAGGACUCCAAGACACGAUGAUUCUCUGGAUGAACUGGUCGAGUCAAAUAUCCAAUACCUCAGCAGCGACGUUGAGAAAGUUCAGCCAAAGAGAAGUUCAGCCAACAACGUGAUCAAAUUCUCCAGCCUGCCUGAACACGGGAAGAUAGCCAGUCGUGUUUUGUCAAGCACUCCUCCCCAGACCCAUCCUUCCAUUCAAGUUCAGGCAAAUACGAGCAUUCAUUUGCACGUCACACUGCCAACAGAAACUCCUCGUCUGGGGACUUCACUGAUUCAGAUCGCACCUUCAGCUGACUGGGACCGUCACUCCAUCUAUGGCUUCAGGAACCAGCUGACAUCCCAGCCAGACUUGAUUCCCAAGAACUUCCCACAGGAUAUCUACUCUCCCCUGUCACAAACUCGCAACGAUUACAACAGCAGGCAAAGCGUUAUCAGAACUUCCGACCAACUGGGUGGUCGAGCUGCACCCACCAGUCAGCCUACUUUCGGAACUGUCCAUACAAGACUAGGGUUCGGAGACAAGAAGCCGCGAUCGGAUACAGAGAUCGGUCUGCUCCCCGCAAAAGUCGACAAAGGCAUGUUUUCAGAUGCAGAGUACGAUAUUGAGGUAUCGGAGAGAGUUAAGAAAUGGGAGACUUUGCUGAAGGUAAGAGAAUCUGCGCUGAAGUCCGACAAGAGAGACCUGGUCACAAUUAGCGAGAACGUAAACAGUAACACUUUCAUGCCCCCAGCCAGUGACACACAUAAAGCUGUCGUUCCCAGCAAGCAAUCACGUUUCGUAUCUUCCUACGCUGAUGAGCCGAAUCCGGCAACUGUUCCUCGAGUGAUGUCUAUAGAGACAAACGCUCGCCGGUUCUUCCAAGUGAUUCCCGAUGCCCGGAUGAACAUUCAGGUUCAGGAUGUGAGUAACCGGCUGUUUCCAACACCUUUAUCUCUGCGACCUGAGAAAACCUUCACCAGCGCCAGCGAACUCCGACAGCAAGUGUUGGCCAGUCGUGUACAUCCUCUCCCGGUCACCGCUGGCCCAGUGCCGGUCACGUACAAACCGUCUUUUGCUGGUGAGAGCGGACAGCAGGUCUCUCCCUACAAAGAUACGUCGUUUAGCGGUCAGCAGGCCUCGCCUUACAGCGAUUCGUCGUAUAGCGGACAACCGGUCUCGUCACAAAAAGAUACGCCAGUGGUCAGAAGAAUUUCAAACAAAGACGAUGUCAGAAAUCCAGAAAAGCGAGGGUCAAAAUACAGAGAAGAACUAAAUGAAAUUUCAUGUAUGAAAUCUGAUUCUGUGGGUAAUCUCCGACGUCGAUUUGAUACAGAUUCAACAAAUGCAACUUCAGAAGAUGACAAGAAAUCCGUGUCCACGGCCUCCGCUAAACUGUCUAAACCUUCCAAGGAAUAUUCUUCACAGAAUGAAUCCACGGACUGGUCACAAGUGCUUCCAAGUUACAACACGAAGCUGAGAGAUUCCGAAGUGUGGUCCCCAAAUCUGGAGAGUACCCAGGGCGUUCCUGUCAGCAUUGAACGUGUGACUGCCCGCACUCUGAGGACCAUUCCUUUCUCUGAGGAUCCAUUUUGGAAGGAAAUUGAGCAGAUGACCACCUUUGACCCCAGCAACAGGGAAGCGAUGCUAACAUCCGAGCCUGUCAGAUCGCAUCACCAGGUCCAGCUGAUUCCCCAGCAGAGCUUUACACUACCAGCUCAACCACACAGGAACGUCACGUCAGUGGUGGACAAACUGCAGAAAUCAAAAUCAUUGUACACGCCAAACAUCGCACCACUGACUAUUGAUGUUAACAGUAGGUCGUCAUUAAAUGCUGCUAAUGCUCUCGAUGACGUUCUCAAUGACAUCAAUAGGUCUCCUAGAAAACAACUAAGUCCCAAGAAAAGAUCUUUAGAAAUAGACAGCUCGACUACAAAUGUAGCUACUUCGGAUAUCUCACGCUUUUUGAAAACUCGACCCAAUUCAGGCCAAUUUGGAAAAUCUGAAUAUGGUAAAUCUGAAUAUGGUAAUGAUGGUUCAACUCGGACGCUGGAGUCCGGUCUGCGAGGACUUCACCGAUCAGAUGUGUCCACAGCACGACAACAACAACCUCUGCAGUUGUCUCAACUACCCCGACAACCAAACACACAACAUCGACAGGCGCAACCUUCUCAAGGUUUUACCAACAACUACCAACUGGACGUCAAUUUAUUGAAACAAAAGUUGCUCAACACCGGACUUGCGGAAGCUGAAACAGAAGAAAUUGUUGACCAAAGUCACUACCAAAGUCCUUCACUGGGGAGACCAACACACAAAAGCACCAGCAUACGCAGUAUUGCGGGUCAUCCUUACAGCAGUGUGGCUUCCAAACCUACUGGUGAUGCACGUUUAGAUGAACCAUCGACAUGGUCCCAACACUUAAACAAGUCUAACAUUUCUACAACAAGCAAAAACAUUUUCUUAGAACAGCCACAAAAACAGCCAGGUUCUAAAACCUUAGAUGAGAUCCAGAAAGCGUUGGCCCCAUUCAGCUCAACGACCUACAGACCUGACCCCGAGACUCUGUACGGGGUUUCAAAGCUGCAAGCGUUCAAGCACGCAACUUGCGACACCUCAGUAGGUCCACAUACUUCCGCGACUGGCUGGUCCUACCACACAGACCUGAAUACAGAUAUGGAACAAAGCAACACGGUAGACAGCUCACUGUCUGCUGGUUCUUCUCGACUUCAGGAAGUCAACGAAUCCAUGGAUGAUCUGACAAACCUGGCUCGCGGGGUGGAGCUUAGAAUUAGUGAGAUCAAGAACAAGCUGCAAUCAGCGGAUGAGACCAGCCUAGACCAGAUUCUUCUGUCACUGAAAAAAUUAACUCCAGAAAUCAAGUCACAACAAACCGAUACUGCUACUUUCGAGGAUUACUAUGAGAAAAAGAAAUCAAAGCUUUCCGACGCCCUGUCUGAACUGGACAGAAUUUACACAAGUUUGGAGCUAAAUACAGACAGUGUCAACACUCUUCAUAAACAAGACAAGCCCCAGUCGGAUUUAUCCAGUUUGAAUGUCCGUCGAGCGCAGCCGAAGAGUGUUCAUCUAAGACCCAUGCAAACCAGAAUUUCCUCGGUAUUUAUUCGAGAUCUAGACGCGAACAGAAUGUCAGACAAUCUUGAGAAAGAGUCGGAAUUUGAUGUUAUUUCCAAGUCCUUCCAAGCGAUUGUUGAUGAAGUGAAUCAAACAACGGAUUUGUUGUCUCGAGCUGUUGAACGGAGCCGCCAGGACAACAUAGUCCCGGAAACACACAAGCUGGUGUCUAAGCCAAUGAUGAAACCUGGUAACGUUGGAAAAGAGCAUGUCAUUACUGCAAACUGCGCGGCACAGGCAGACACAGCUACAUGUGCACAAAACUCCACCAAUCAAAUGCUGAACACAGAUAAACUAACGGCUGCUAAAAUGACUAAUACCGUUUCGUCGCCUCCUUCGUCGGCACAACAAUUAAGAUUUAGACCAGUAAAGGACAACAAAAUUAUACAAGGUGAUAAAGCCACCAAGAAAGACAGUGAGGAAAAAGUAUUUAAGGUCAUGACCUCUCCUAAACCAUCGCCAACUCUGAUUCGGAAGCUAUUCAAUGAAGACCAAGUCUCGCAGACCAAACCACACUUUUCGUCUCAUGAUCAUUUAAUGAAACAACAUGCAGAAGUCAAACUAGCCCCUUUACAGAUUACCGUAAAAGUGGAAUCAAAACAUUUGGAAUGCCAAGAUGUCGGUCAGCCGGGCGAGCCCGUUAAACCAUCUUUGUCGUCGUAUGAAAGCAAAUCUUCUAUAGGAAGUAAUCGAGCAGAAACUCUAACGCCAGAGACUAUUGCUGGAAUUAGGUCUAGCACGUUAUUGCCUUUGGCGUCUAAAUCCAAGACUGACCAAUCGUCUGCAGCAGUACAGACAGCUGAUGUGUCCAAGACAACAGACGGCAGAACUACAAGCAGUGGUCUUGGUCUGUCGUCAGCUCCCUCAGCCACAACCGUCAGUUCUGUGUUUGUACCAAGUGUAGGUAGCAGUAAGCUGUCGAAACAUGUGGUAGCAGGGACUACAUCUGACCAGUCGGACAGUACUUCGAAAAACGACAACAAAACAAAAAGGCAUGUAGGCUCAGGAGUUGCUAUGAUGCUUGGCAGAUUCAGCUCUAGCCAGGAGAGCAUUGAUGGCUCCAAGAAAAGCGCUAGCACUCGAGUCGGCGAUAAAGACGGUUUGGGGGAGGAGAAAAGUGAUAAAGAACACCUGCCGGUUAAAACUCAGCCCAUCGACCUCACAGACGGCAAGGUCACGUCUGACGCCAAUUUAAAAAGCCCGGUACGAUCAUCAACAAAAGGGAAACCAAUUCACAAUUUUGAUAUGAAGCCUACAAAUGCGCCCUCCCUGGAGAGAAAGCUGGUUGACCCGGAAGCAAAACUGUUAAAUUCUGGAGCGUCUUCGCCACAGCCUUCCUCUCCUGUCAGUAAACCACCACAGAGUCCCUGGAAGCGGCACACAUCUGACCCAGAGAAACAAAGCGUGGCUGAUGCCAUUAAAGCUUAUUCCCCCAAAUGUGUAUCCAAAAUCCCCCGACCUGCCUCCUCAAACGGCUCCACUGCCUCUGAUGGCUAUUUCACUCCUAAAGAACUAGAGAGUCCGCGCCAGGUAGUCGGAUCCCCAGGUGUAGCCACAAGUAAAGAGCGCCCUCCAGUGUGGAAAUCUCCCGCUGUUUCCCCGCGAGCUAGGGCCAGACCACACAGUUUCCACGAACUCAUCUCUGUCUUUGAGAAAGAUCCCUCAGACAAACUGCAGACCUUCGACAAGUUUCGAAAAUCUGCCUCUGCUGGUGAAGUCAGUUCUAACGACUGUCUUGUCGGCAAAGGUUUUCGGUUUCAGAAAAUGGUACCCGAAGAAACUACGACAGAAAAAUGA